UCAUAACAUAUUGUUAGGUUUUGCUGAAAGCUGCUGAUGAAAAACCUGGGUGUAACCCCUUCUGCAUGUCAAGGAAAUGAUGAGGAUUUGAGGGGUAGAAAGUCUCGAUGAGCCCUACUCUUAAAAUAAUAUCUUUCUCAUUCCCAGAUGGUUGAUCCUACCUUAGCAGAAAUGGGGAAGAAUCUUAAUGAGGCCAUGAAAAUGCUAGAAGACAAUCAAAGUGGACAAGAUAUGGUAAGCAUUCUCCAGUUAGUCCAAAACCUUAUGCAUGGAGAUGAAGAGGAGGAGUCAUCACAGUCUUAUCGACUUCAGAAUGUUGGAGAACAGGGUCACAUGGCUUUGCUAGGACAUAGUCUAGCAGCUUAUAUUUCAGUGCUAGACAGGGAAAGACUGAGAAAACUUAUAACAAGAAUCCUUUCAGACACUACACUUUGGCUUUGCAGACUCUUCAGAUAUGAAAAUGGAUCAGCUUACUAUCAUGAAGAUGAUCGUGAAGGUCUAUUAAAAAUCUGUCGGCUUGUUAUUCACUCACGCUAUGAAGACUAUACUGUAGAAGGUUUUAAUGUGUUAUAUAACAAGCAACCUGUUAUAUACCUUAGCUCUGCAGCCAGAACAGGCUUGGGCCAAACUCUCUGUAAUCAGCUGGGGUUACCCCUUUCCUGCAUGUGCCGUGUGCCUUGUAACACUAUGUUUGGAUCCCAGCAUCAAAUGGAUGUUGCUUUGCUGGACAGAUUGAUUAAAGAUGAUAUCGAAUCUGGAAAGCUGCCACUGUUACUUGUAGCAAAUGCUGGUACUCCAGGAGCAGGGCACACAGACAAACUUGGGCGGUUGAAAGAACUUUGUGAGCAAUAUAACAUGUGGCUACAUGUAGAAGGAGUGAAUUUGGCAACUCUGGCAUUAGGCUAUGUCUCCUCUUCACUAUUGGCUGCGACAAAAUGUGACAGCAUGACUCUUACUCUGGGUUCCUGGCUGGGUCUCCCAGCAGUGCCUGCAGUUACACUCUAUAGACAAGAGGAUCCUUCUUUGUCCUUAGCAGCAGGUCUGACAUCAAGUCAGCCUGUAGAGAAACUUCGUGCCCUACCACUAUGGCUCUCCUUGCAGUACUUGGGACAUGAUGGCAUUGUGGAGAGAAUAAAGCAUGCAUCACAGCUAAGUCAGAGGUUGCUGGAAAACUUGAAAAACCUGGAUUUUAUUAAAACUUCGGUUGAAGAUGAACUUAGCUCUCCUGUUGUAGUAUUCAAAUUUUCCCAGGACCAUCCAAAUAUAGAUCAAACACUGCAUGCUUCACAGACCUCUGCAAUUCAACACACUUUAACCAACAAUGAGAGACAUAUUUGUGAUACCUUCAAUCAGUGGCUUGGAGAACAGUUGGCACAGUUGAUUCCAGCCAGUGGAGUUGAUGUGGUUGAACUAGAAGAUGAAGGCACAUGUGUGCGUUUUAGCCCAUUAAUGACUUCUGCAGUGUUAGGAACGGAGGUACAAGAUGUUGAUCAGUUGGUGGACUGCUUAAAAAUGAAGAUACCAGUACUGAUGAGCACACUACAACUAAGAGAUGAAUUUGAGCAAGAAGUGAAAAGAACAGUAGGUUUGUCAUAUAUUGAAGAUCUCAGUUGGCCAGGAUUGGGUGUUAUAAGAUAUGACUACAGAGGUGAUGGGAAGAAUGAUGACAAGCAGGAUAAAGAAUUGGAGAAAAUUAACACUGAACUUCUGAAAAAAUUAAGUGAACUGGAAUCAGAUCUUUCCUUUUCUUUAGGCCCAGAAUUUGGAGGGGAGAAAAACUGUGUGUAUAUUGGCAUGGUAACUGAGGAUCUGGAUGUGUCUGAGCUGGUAGAAACUAUUGCAGCAACAGGCAGAGAAAUUGAAGAAAAUUCUAGACUGUUGGAAAACAUGACUGAGGUUGUUAGAAAAGGGAUACAAGAAGCACAAAUUCAGCUGCAGAGGGCAAAUGAAGAAAGACUUCUUGAAGAGGGGCUGCUGCGCCAGAUUCCUGUCGUCGGUUCUGUGCUGAAUUGGUUUUCUCCAUUUCAAGCUUCACCAAAGGGAAGAACAUUUAACUUAACAGCAGGCUCCCUAGAAUCCACAGAAGCCACCUAUGCAUCAAAAGUGCAGGGGACUGGGACCACACCUCCCCCAACUCCCACUUCUGGUCGCACCAAGCAGAGACUUCCAGGUCAAAAGCUUUUUAAAAGAUCUUUAAGAAGCUCUGAUGGGUUCAGUGAGACCAGUUCAGUCAGUCACACAGAUGACUUGGAAAAGAUGGAACAACAGCCCCAUGCUUCAUCCACUGUACAAGAGCAAGGGACUUCUGAGCCAGAGAAAUCUGAGCAGCAAAAGGAAGUGGCACAGGCAACAAACAGAGAAACUGAAGAUUUCCAAAGUGACAAAUCCCCCAAAUCAGGAAAUGACUGCAUUAAAGUAAAGGAACAGGAAAGCUUAAGAUAAAACCCUGAUGUUGUGGAUUGAGACUUUGUACAGAAAAUGCAUUCCCUUUACCAUAGGGAAGAUGGUGUUGCAUUUAAAAUGUCAACAGUGCCACGUGCUAGUACAGUAACAGCUACUGUAAGUCAUGAUUAACUGGAAUUUUGCACAAGUACAUCAGUGAAAAAGUUCCCCCUCCUCUGCUGGGGAAGGGCAUGAACUCUUUUAUUGUACACUUAUUACAUUUGCUUUAAUCAUAUACACAUUAAUAUCACCAAAGUAAUAAACAAUCUCAUUUAUUAUACUAUUUGUAAACAUUGCCGAAAUAAAUCAUUUGGCAAAAGGUGAUGUUUACUGUAGGAAUCCAGGUGGCAUUAUAGUACUUGAGGAGUUGAUCAGGUAGGAUUAGGAUUGAACAUACAACUGCACCUAGUAAUGUUUGUAAAGUGAUUCUAAUUUAUAUUCAACCUGCCAGUUGCUCACCAUCUUUAUAUAAAUAUAUAGAUAUAUAUGUCAGUUUAGCCUCCACUGUAGAACAAACUUAAGUAGACAAGCUGUCUGCAUUGCAGUUCAUCUCAGUUCUCUUGGAUGUAUUUUGGAUUUGUUUUAUCCCUAAUCCCCAAAACUUCAUUGCCUCUUACUAAGAGGAUUGUCAGCAAUUGUGAGUAAAGGGGAUGUAUACUUGUGUACAUAGGAAUGGCUGAACUGGCAUCCAUCAGUUUUUCCCACUGUUGUUUGCAGUCCACUGAGUUGUUUCUUGAUCUUGUGGGACUAAUGUUACUGACUUACGCCUUUUAGAAAGUGAUAGUGCCUCUGCAUGCCACAACUUCUUGCCCCUCACUGACGAGAAUCGAUACACAUUUUCCUCUGCACGCCACUUAUAUAACCAAAUCUCACUGAACACAUUUUGUAUAGAGUAAAUGUCAUCGGAGUCUUUUUCUGGUGUGUAUUUUUAAAGAUACCUGUUAGGAAAGCUUGAAAACCUGUCAAGUUUGUGGUUUCUACACUAUCACUUUGACUAACAUGGUAAUAUACCUAUUGUAGAUAUUGUACAAAUCCAAAGAAAUUCUAUAAGUUAAUCAUAUCAACUAAGACUGCUUAAAAUCCAUUACAAUCUGGCUAGCUUUUGCCGGAAUCAAAAACUUAAGUUUUUCUCCAUUACUCUGAGUCACUUGACUACACUCCUUCAGGAUUUGCAAUAGCCUCUCUUUGUUAAGGAAGUCCCAGAAAAACUUAAUAGUGCAGAAGAUAUUAAUUGACCUAGUCCUCCAAAACUGACUUGCUAACACUGUUGCCAGCAUUCCCUUUACAUAAAUAUGUAAUUUACCACCUUGUGUAGCAUCAUGCUGACCCUAGCGUUAGUGGGUUGGAUAUUGUUAUAAGGAAAACUGUUAAUUUUAAGUGUACUGCUAACUAACUUUUCCUCUUGGACACCCAGAUUCUGUGCAACUGGGAAGCCUUAAAAUUAUACUUAACUGCAAUUUUGAUUCCAAUAGUUAGGCAAAUCAGAGUGCAAUUUUUCUUAAGUGCAACAACAUAAGUCAACCUGUCUUCCUUAUCAGUUUAUUUGGUGCAAUGACGUAUAUUAAUAUGGGUAAAUUUGUUGGGAAUGAAAUUAUCAACAUAAAACAAAAUUAAUUUUUAAUGUUUUUAUAUUUUGAAAUGGUUAAAAUAGCAGUUUUGUUGGAAUUGAGCUAUGUACUUUAGAUACUACCCAAAUGUUUCAAUAAAA